AUGUCGGACAACGCAGAGUCUUCGGGAGGUGACAGCGACUCGGACACGGGGCGUCACGGCAAGAAGAAGGUGCCCAGGUGGGCGCAGAGAGACCAUCUCAACAAGAUUCUGCACGCGCAGUUCGGCAAGAACGCCGUGGAUCCGUCCCCCGCUAUCUUCCAGGACUUUGUGGACACGUGCAACCUGGAAGCCAUCUUCGAGACGACCGACGUCCACAAGAAGAAGAAGUUCGCGAGAAGAACCAGCAGCGGCAACUGGCUGGCGGACCGCCCCACCGCACGAGACCGAGCCUUGUAUCAACGUGACAUGGGCUACGAUCGGUAA